UUUACCACAGUGAAGAAGAAGACAUAGCAACAAUUCUGUAAAUUCGCAUUAUUUUUGUGUUUUAACAAAAAGGAAUUAAAAAAAAUAAGAAACUCCCAAGAGUUUGCUGAAACUGUGAAAAAUGGAAGAUGAGUAUUUCAAUGUGCCUUUAGAGGAUGUGAAACGUGAAUUAAGACGCGGAAUUAUAGAGUGUCAGAAACGCGGCUUGUUGCACAGUGCCAAAUGGCUGGCGGAGAUGAACCAUGGUCUGAGCGAUGUUGAUAUCGAUAUGAAUAGUGAGAAAUGUGAUUUUAGUGAAGUGGCCUUGGAUGGUAUUACAGCGCUGGAGUAUGAUAAUUAUUAUUUGGCCAAAUGUUAUUUUGAUGUAAGAGAAUAUGAUCGGGCGGCCUAUUUGGUGCGUAAUGCUGAGUCGUGCGUGCCCAGAUUUUUACAUUUAUACGCCACGUAUAUGGGCUUGGAAAAGCGAAGACUGGACUCGACCACAGAUCAGUCAAAUCUAAAUGAUUCGGGUCAUGUUAAAGAUUUGGCUGACCUGUUGGCCAAUUUGAAGUCUGAAUAUUCCCGAGGGCGUUUAGAUGGUUAUGGCAUGUAUUUGUAUGGUGUUGUUUUAAAGGCAGUCGAUCUUAAUCAAGCCGCUCAGGAAGUGCUAACACAAUCGAUACGUGCCGCGCCCAUGUUGUGGGGUUCAUAUGUUGAGUUGGCUCCUUUAAUUAAGGAAAAAGAGAAACUGCAGUCAAUGCAUUUGGGUGGCCAUUGGAUGAGACAUUUUUUUGUGGCCCACACCUACAUAGAAAUGUAUUUGAAUGAUGAGGGUUUGAAGGCGUAUGAAGAUCUACAGGCAGCUGGUUUUCGUAAAUGUGUCUAUGUGACAUCACAAAUGGCACUGGCCUAUCACAAUAAGAGGGAUGUUGAUAAAGCUAUAGAGAUAUUCCAAGCUUUACAAGAGGCUGAUCCAUAUCGUUUGGACAAUAUGGAUACUUAUUCUAAUUUACUAUUUGUUAAAGAGUUAAAGACCGAAAUGGCUCAAUUGGCCCACAAGGUGGAGGGCAUUAAUAAAUAUCGUCCGGAAACAUGCUGUGUUAUAGGAAAUUACUAUAGCAUACGUUGUGACCAUUUCAUGGCCAUUACUUAUUUCCAGAGAGCUUUAAAGUUAAAUCCCAAAUAUUUGGCAGCUUGGACUUUAAUGGGUCAUGAAUUUAUGGAGGUGAAAAAUACAAAUGCAGCCAUACAAAGCUAUCGCAAAGCUGUGGAGGUGAAUCGCCGAGAUUACCGCGCCUGGUAUGGUCUCGGUCAGGCUUAUGAAAUCCUUAAAAUGAAUCACUAUAGUUUGUACUACUUUAAAAUUGCCCACAAACUGCGUCCCUAUGACAGUCGCAUGCUGGUGGCUCUGGGUGAGACUUACGAGAAACUGGAUAGAUAUGAAAAUGCCAUACAAUGCUACAGUAAAGCCUGUGAUGUGGGUGAUAUUGAAGGUAUAGCCAUGUAUAAAAUGGCCAAUUUACAUGAAAAACUGGGGGCACUUGAUUUGGCAGUAAAAUGCUACAUAAUGUAUUGCGACGAUGACAGAGCAGCGGCUGAUAAACAAAGUUUAUAUCAUGGCUAUAUGACAUUGGCAAAUUAUUAUGAGAGUAAAGAGGAAUAUGAUAGGGCGUCUCAUUAUGCCUACAAGUGUUUGGAAUCGGAUGAUCGAAAAUCUGAAGCUAAAUCUCUACUCAAAACCAUAGAAAAUAAACGUAAAAUAAUAAUAUCGGUGGCUGGAGGACAAGCUGCUGGUAACUCCAACUCAGCUAAUAAUGUAGCAAAUGCUGAUACCUCUUCUGAUGGUGACAUGGAUAUGGAAUUAAGUGAAUUUAAAUUUAAUGAAUACAUGAUGAGUAAUCGUCCUAGCACGAGUAGUGCAGCGGCUGCCAAUGAUAUCUCGGUAAGUUUUAAAACUUCAGGUAAUAUGACAAAUGAAGUUGGAACCAGCACACAUCAAAGUACACUGGAUGUACAGCAACAACAUAAAAUGUCUGCCACUAUCGGCGAUGAUAUGUCUUUAAGUGAAAGUGAUAUGACAGCAAAUACCUCUAUAGCCACCAAUAAUACACCAUCAAAUAUACACUCUAGACGUACAUUGGCCUCAACUUCGAAUGCCGCUCAGAUUAUUGUGGAAACAGAGGAAGAUGAUGAUACUCAUUCAAUGGAAAUGUCUUCUAUAUCAAUUGAUUAAUGAAAUUUACAAAAACCUAAAAAAAACCUUCAAAGUUAUAAAUGAAUUUCCUAAACGACGAUAAAAGAAAAUUAUUCCUGUUGUGCAAGAUUGUUGCUAAUCUUCUAGUUUAUUAUUAUAAAUACAAAUAACCUUAAGG